AAGCAGACACAGACACAUCCCUUGAACAUCCGUCCUCGAGCUGCGAUACCUGUCACAAGUAGCACAAAGAAGCAAGGAAAGGCGCCCCAUGUUCAACUUCACCUUCACUCACUCCCUUGGUAUAAAAGCCACCUUGCCCCGCUACCCAAUACCGUCGAUUUGCGCUUUAACAAAACGCUAUCCGGACCACAAAAAUAACCAUGAAGUCUUCUAUUCUUAUCGCCCUCGUCGCCGGCCUCGCUACCGCGUUUCCCACUCCACUCACGCUGGAGUCCACCGACAUCUCCCUCGCUCCCCGCGCUGACGCCGGCGUAGCCACGCUCUUCAAGCUCGCCAACCUCUCUGGCGCCUCGACCUUCGUCCCCGCGAACAGCUACUGCACGGACAUGCGCAACAUCUUCGGUGGCUUCGACGGCCAGGUGCGGAGUCUGAGCGUGGAGACUGGCGUCGUGUGUUCAUUCUAUCAGGAGCCUGGCUGCGGUAUGAACAAUGUGAUGGGAGGCGGACAGGUACUGGAGGUUGGCUUUCGGGGAAAGAAGGAUGAUAGGAGGUGGUUGGGUAGUUGGGCGGGACGGGUCGAGAGUGCGUACUGUCAGCGCCUCUAGGAGUCCGUCGAGGUGAUGGAGUACUCUACUCAGUGAGCAAGGAACGGUGAGAGCAUGCGCAGGGUGGAUCACUCCGUUCUGCGGCAUAUUGUGGCUGGUCGAUCAAGUGGAGUACGUUGGUUUGAGUUGCUCGAGGCAGGAGGCUUUAGUCACUGAUGAUCGUGGAGAGACAAAAGCUAAAACUGUCUACACCGAUGCGAUCAUGCUCUUCAUGAGUGUGUAGAUUCUCACACACUGUGGCACUCUUCAUACGGCAAAUUAUAGAAC